AUGUUAAUGCUCAAAUCUAACACAGCGAGUCCUAAUGCGGGAAUCAGGCGGCGAGUGCAGCGGCCACUGCCGCCGCCCAUCUUCACAACUUACGUCAAGACUCAUAAUGCAAAUAGCAUAAGACACUCCCAUCAUGAGCCAGCCUCCCAAGCUCCCACUCCUCACACACCAACUCUUGGCCGUCAGUAUCGCGCAGUGCCCGGCACCAUGCCGAGCAGAAAAGCAGAAGUCGGCGCCUCUCCCACACCGAACGAGCCCAGUGUCUCCCUCUUCUCCAAGGAUUUGACAGAGAUUCAGCGAGAGCGGGCUCUAGAAAUAUGGCACGACUACAUGUAA